CUCUACUGGGCCGCCCCGCCCGACCUGCGCCCCCGCCCAGCCCCCCGGGGUCCCCAGCAGCCGCCCAGCCACACCCUGCCCUUCACGAACCACAUAGCCGCACUACACGCGGCGUACGGCAAGCACGUGCUGCUGCUAGACCUGCUGGUGGGGGGCGCGCACCGGGGGGCGGGGCUGAGGCUGCACGACACACUGGCGCAGCAGGCUGCCAUGAUGAACGCACGACUCAAGGAACAAGCAGCUGCUGGUGGUGGUGGUGGUGGUGGUGGUGCCACAUCCGCUACGUCUGCAGCAGCAGCUGCGGCAGGCGGGGG